GGGAGGACAGGAGGGGAGGAGGAGGGAGGGGGACCCCCGAGUCGCCCCCUCUCCUCCCCCCGCCCCCCCGCUCCAUCCUCCGCCACCGCCCGAGCAGCUGCGGGGCCGCCGCCGCCGCCGCCUUUGCAGGCUGAGUCAUCACUAGAGAGUGGGAAGGGCGGCAGCAGCAGCAGCAGCAGCAGCAGCAGCAGCAGCAAAGAAUCAAAAUCCUAAAACUGAUCCUGCAAAGCAUCAUUUCUCCAAGUUGGGGGCUCAGAGGGGAGCCAUCAUGAGCGAUGUUACCAUUGUGAAAGAAGGUUGGGUUCAGAAGAGGGGAGAAUAUAUAAAAAAUUGGAGGCCAAGAUACUUCCUUUUGAAGACAGAUGGUUCAUUCAUAGGCUAUAAAGAAAAACCUCAAGAUGUGGACUUACCUUAUCCCCUCAACAACUUUUCAGUGGCCAAAUGCCAGUUAAUGAAAACAGAACGACCAAAGCCAAAUACAUUUAUUAUCAGAUGUCUUCAGUGGACCACUGUUAUAGAGAGAACAUUUCAUGUAGAUACUCCAGAGGAAAGAGAAGAAUGGACAGAAGCUAUCCAAGCUGUAGCAGACCGACUGCAGAGGCAAGAAGAGGAGAGGAUGAAUUGUAGUCCAACUUCACAAAUUGAUAACAUAGGGGAGGAAGAGAUGGAUGCAUCUACAACCCAUCAUAAAAGAAAGACAAUGAAUGAUUUUGACUAUUUGAAACUACUAGGUAAAGGCACUUUUGGGAAGGUUAUUUUAGUUCGAGAAAAGGCAAGUGGAAAAUACUAUGCUAUGAAGAUUCUGAAGAAAGAAGUCAUUAUUGCAAAGGAUGAAGUGGCACAUACUCUUACUGAGAGCAGAGUACUAAAGAACACCAGACAUCCAUUCUUAACAUCCUUGAAAUAUUCCUUCCAGACAAAAGACCGCCUGUGUUUUGUGAUGGAAUAUGUUAAUGGGGGAGAGCUGUUUUUCCAUUUGUCGAGAGAGCGGGUGUUCUCUGAGGACCGCACACGUUUCUAUGGUGCAGAAAUUGUCUCUGCUUUGGACUAUCUACAUUCUGGAAAGAUUGUGUACCGUGAUCUCAAGUUGGAGAAUUUGAUGCUAGAUAAAGAUGGCCAUAUAAAAAUUACAGAUUUUGGACUUUGCAAAGAAGGAAUCACAGACGCAGCCACCAUGAAGACAUUCUGUGGCACACCGGAGUAUCUGGCCCCAGAGGUAUUAGAAGAUAAUGAUUAUGGCCGAGCAGUAGACUGGUGGGGCCUGGGUGUUGUCAUGUAUGAAAUGAUGUGUGGGAGGUUGCCUUUCUACAAUCAGGAUCAUGAGAAACUCUUUGAACUAAUACUAAUGGAAGACAUUAAAUUUCCCCGAACACUCUCUUCAGAUGCAAAAUCAUUGCUUUCAGGGCUCUUGAUAAAGGAUCCCAAUAAACGCCUUGGUGGAGGGCCAGAUGAUGCAAAAGAAAUAAUGAGGCAUAGUUUCUUUUCUGGAGUAAACUGGCAAGAUGUGUACGACAAAAAGCUUGUACCUCCUUUUAAGCCUCAAGUAACAUCUGAGACAGAUACCAGAUAUUUUGAUGAAGAAUUUACAGCUCAAACUAUUACAAUAACACCACCUGAAAAAUAUGAUGAAGAUGGCAUGGACUGCAUGGACAAUGAGCGGCGGCCACAUUUCCCUCAGUUUUCCUACUCUGCAAGUGGACGAGAAUAAGUGUCUUUCAUUCUGUUUCUACACUGUCAUCUUAUAUUUUGUCACUUGAGAAUGAUUCCUGGACAUCUCCACCAGUCCUCGCUCUUACAGAUAGCAGGGCCACUUCUGACAUCCCUGACCAGCCAAGGGUCUUCACCCUCACCACCUUUCACCCACAUGAAAACAUAUACACAGACACUCCAGUUUUUGUUUUUGCAUGAAAUUGUAUCUCAGUCUAAGGUCUCAUGCUGUUGCUGCUACUGUCUUACUAUUAUAGCAAUUUUCAGAAGUAAUUUUACAAUCUUUGGGAGUCAUGAGCCCAUUGUUCAUUUGUGCAUCAAUUGUCAUCUUCUUUCGGUUUUUGUUUCUCCCUAGCAGUAAAGGCUAGAUGAGAUACACAGAUUCUAGGUACAUUUUUAACUUUCUAGAAGAUACAGCAAGAACUAAUUAGACUAAGAAGAUUUAGUUUAUAUUUCUGAACAAGCAAUUGUUGAAGGGUGGUGGUAUGUGUAUGUAAGAGUUUAGCAUACAUGUCUGAUCAGUGCAUAAGUUGCAUACCACUGAUAUUUGGCAGAAAAUCCUUAGGAAGCAUUGAGAGGACGGAAGAGCUGAUGAGAUACACAUGUUUUUAAUUCCUGCUGGUUAUUGUGGAGGAAGCCCAGUGUCACAUGGGUGCCCAGACUUCAUGGGCAAAUGGACGGCAUUCCACCAAGCACUGCAGGUGCAGAGUCACCUAAAGGGUCUUAGGAUCUACGUUGUACCAGAGAGUAUUUUUCCCCUGGGCUUGGCAACCUUUUCCCCUUCUUGAUAUUUAUCACCUCUGAUGGCUGAAGAAUGUAGACAGUAUAAUGAUCCUGCUGUCACCAAAAUCUAUACGCCAAGGUGAACAGGUGUUUGCCUUAUCAGUUUUGAAGUUUUACUUUCAGUUAUAGGUGAAUUAGCUCUUAUCAGAUGUUAAAACUUUGAAUGUCCUUUUAUGAUUUUGUUUAUAUUACAGUAGUAUUUAUUUUUUAGUGAUAAGAAUUGUAUUGUCAUGUUAGCAAAUGCAGCUCCAACUCACAGGACAUUGACUGCGGUUUCUUUUGAACCAUGUGCAAGGAAUGUACACACCCAUUAGAAUCAUGCACUUUUUCUCCUUUGUACAAAAAAUUGGUAAGGCUCUGGAAUUAUAUCCAUUGGUUAGAAUCUGGCUAUGAGAGAAAAGAUGCUGUAAUUAACCCCUUGGUGCCGAAAUGAGAAAAUCUCCAACUACCCAAUGCCAAGGGGUUGAUGGAGCAAAUGGAUGUUGAUGGUUGCUCACUUGAGUGGAUGUGUGAGUAUGGCCUGGCAUACAGUAAUGGAGAAAGCUGAGACCCAAAUGAUGAUAAGAAAUGAACUUUACUUGGCAAAAUGAACACAUCACAGAUAUUUACACAGUAGGUAGCAAUGGAUAAGAAACUGGUGUGUUUAUUCUUAUCAAGGUACAUUCAUUACUGAAUCAAGCCAUCAGGGAAAACAACAAAACAAAACACCUCUUGCUUUUCUUUCUGUACAUACUCAUGUCUCCCAAUCCCAAACAUUUCUCACUGAGAGGGGACAUGUAUGCAAACCUCAUCUUUCUCCUUCAUUAAUGAUGAUCUUCAGAUUAAACCCUUUGGUGCUAGGAGCUGACAUUUUCCAAAGCAGACUAUGAAGUGCAAGGAUCAAAGCCUUUCUUGCAGCAAGCAGGAGGGCAUCUGCUCCAAGAGUGAUCAUGGAGAUGUAUUCUAGUUACUGACAGCUCCCAAAUGGAAGACUACAGUGUGACAUAGCAGUGUUCCUGCAUUGUCUUUUUGAGUAGGAAGUCAUGUUCUCAUGCAGAUGUCUUAGCCUCUAGGCUCAGACUUGGGGAAGCAGAGCCGCUGCUGGCAGUGGCUAGCCGCUGGGACUGCUGGGACAGAAAGGUCAUUUACUAAGGCAGCUAAGAUGGAUUCGGACAUAGAUUUUGUCCUGAUUUUUCAUGUUUCUACGUGAGUGAGUUUAUCCUUAGUAUGGAGUGGGAAGUUAAACAGAUGUUCAUUCUUACAUCUGUAGUCUUUUUCCUACUUAGGAUUAUGUUGAAUGUUUCAUAUUGGCAGGAAAAAGUAGAUUAGAUGGUAUGUCCUUUAAGUUAUCCUGCAUCUGUUUUGUAAGAAAGAAAUGUGAGAGGAAGAAAAUAAAGCUGAGCCUGGGAGAUGUUCAGAGCAUUUAUCCCUCAGAGGGAGCAGACACUAUACACUAAGCACACAGCUUCUUUUGUUCUGUCUCUCCUCCCAAGUCUUAAGGUGACUUCAUGACCUUGGCCAAGGGCACUUUCUAAAGAUUAAUGAGAGGGCACUGACCAUGCCUCAGGCUGGCCACUCCUCACACCUGGCCUUUGGUCCCCAGCCAUUCGAGGGCUUUCUCUUCCCAUCCCAGGCUCCCUGCGUGUCACAGCAGGUGUAUUCUUGGCUUUGAUUUUGAGAACUUUUUCCUUGUAAUCCCAGAAGUCAGUUAAAUGGCAGAAGUAGAAUAGUGUGGAGGAGAUACCUAUACCUAAGCUGAGGAUUUGGGCAAAAUUGAGAUGGCUUGAAAUGUGGAAUUUUUAUGUCUGGAUGCAGUUCUGGCUUUGUGAUCCCACCUCCUAAAAGCUCGAGCUUGACCUCUUGUCAUCAUACAGGGCUGUCUUGGAGGGAUCUGGCCACUUCUGCUCAGAUUGCUGGCAGGAUUGCUCACAGCUUUGCUUUCUACACUAACAACAUAGCAUUAUUCCAGUAUUGUUUCCAUUUCCCAUGCCUGACUGUUCUCACAGGGGCCACAUGCUUCUCCUUCCCUCACUAACUGCAGGGUCUCUACCACACCUCAGUGUACACACUUUGCUGCUACUGUCUGUACUGUCUACAUCCCAGUUCCCUUAGCUUGCUCCUGGUAGUGCAUUACAGGCAAGCAUGAAAUGUAAAGUAUUUAUUUAAAUAAAAAAGAAAACCUCUGAAUUGGUCAUCGAGUCACCUACCUGUAGAUUUGUAGUUUGUGACAUAUUUUGACUUUCGUAGUUCUUCUGCUAGAUCCAUACAAGAUGUGGUCACCUGAUUAAGGGUUUGGAGCAGACACAGCUAUGAACCUAGAUGCUGUAUCAUUAUCAUUGCUGGUCACACUACAGACGUUCGUUUUCUUACAUAUGAAAUGACUACAAAAAACUGGCUCUGUACACUGUACACCCUUAGCAUCUCACAGGCAUCUGGUAGGGGCAUACAUUACUUCCUUCGUACAGACAGAGUAAAUAAAGCCCUGUAUCAAUAUGCUA